CCCUCUUCUCUUUUCUUUUUGAACCUUUUUUUUUUUUUUAAUACUCUCUCCCCACUCUUUUUUUUUUCUUCACUACCUUCUUUUUCAUUUAAAGGAAAAAAAAAAAGAAAACCAUGGCAUCCAAACUUCUUUCCAAUACCCUCCCUCGUGCUGCCUUUAGCAACAAGUUUGUUCGUCCUUUAGCCACUGCUGCUUCUCAAACUACUCGUACCACUGUUCUUCCUAACGGUUUUACUGUUGCCACUGAAGAACAUGGUUCCACUGGUACUGCCACUGUUGGUGUAUGGAUCAAUGCUGGUUCUCGAGCUGAAACUGCUUCUACCAAUGGUGCUGCUAACUUCAUUCAAGCUGCUGCUCUCAAGAACAAUGCUUCUACUUUUGAAAAAUUGGGCGGUGGAUUGAAUGCUAAUACUUCUCGUGAACAAACCUACUAUGCCAGUCAAGCCAAUGCUGGUAAUCUCGAUGCUACUGUUGCUGGUUUGUCUGAACUUGUUUCUGGAGAUAUCGCCAACAUCGACAGUGUUCGAGGUUCUGUUUUGAAGCAACAAGUGGAAAAUGAUAACAACUUGGAACAAGUGACUUUUGAUCAUUUGCACGCCAUGGCUUAUCAAGGUGAAUCUUUGGGUCGUCCUGUUGUAGGUGUCAAGGAAACUGUUGAAGCUUUGACCAAGGAAGAUUUGUCUGCUUUCAAGAAGGAAAACUAUGCUGCUGAUCGUAUGGUACUUGUGGGUGCUGGUAACGUUGAUCAUGAUGCUUUGGUGCGUUUGGCAGAAAAGACUUUUGGUCAAUUGACCAACACCGGUGUUACUUCCUCUUCUUCCAAGCCUGCUUUCACUGGUUCUGAAAUCCGUUUACGUGAUGAUGUUCUUCCUCAAGCUCAUAUUGCUUUGGCUGUUGAAGGUGCCUCUUAUUUGUCUGCUGAUUACUUUUCUUUGGCUGUGAUGUCUACAUUGAUUGGUUCUUGGGAUCAAAACUUGGGUGCUGCCGCCAACUUGUCUUCUCGUUUGUCCACCAUCGUUCAUGACAAUCAUUUGGCUAACUCUUUCACUUCUUUCAAUAAGGGUUACAAGGAUACUGGUUUAUGGGGUCUCUACUUUACCAGUGACAACAAAUUGCAAUUGGAUGACUUUGUGCAUUUCGCUCAAAAGGAAUGGAUCCGUCUCUCCACCACCGUCACUGAAUCCGAAGUCGAACGUGCCAAGCAACAACUCCAAGCUUCUCUCUUACUUCAAUUGGAUUCCAACCAAGCUAUUGCCCAAGAUAUUGGUUCUCAAGUCUUGACCACUGGUAAGCGUUUGUCUGCUGAUGAAAUCAAGCAAGCCGUUCAAAAGGUCUCCUUGGCUGAUGUUCGUAAUGCUGGUAACAAGUAUCUCUGGGAUCAAGAAGUUGUUGUUACCGGUGUUGGUCCUGUAGAAUGCUUGACUGAUUACAACCGUGUUCGUGGUUUCAUGUCUUACAACAGAUUCUAAAUCGUUUCUCUUUUUAGUAGUAGUAGUAGCAGUAGAUAGUUAGUCUUUUAUUUUUAUUUUUGUCUCUUAUAUACAUAUAUUCUUUUUUUUCCCACCACCCUCUUAUCUUCUUAUUAGUCGCUUCAUUCCAUUCUUCCCAUAUACAACUUAUUAUUUAUCAUCAGUAGUAGAAAAGAAAAAAGAAGACGAAAUAAACUGUUGAAUUCGAAUAGAAGGUAUACAUAUA